GGGGGCGGCCCCGGUGCCGGUCCCGCCUCGCCGCUCCGGGGCUCCGCGCUGGGGCCGGGGCGGCGGCGGCUCCGCGCUCCGCGAUGGCUUUCGCCAAUUUCCGCCGCAUCCUGCGCCUCUCCGCCUUCGAGAAGCGCCGCUCCAAGGAGUACGAGCAUGUCCGCCGAGACCUGGACCCCGGCGAGGUGUGGGAGGUGGUGGGCGAGCUGGGCGAUGGAGCUUUCGGCAAAGUCUACAAGGCCAAGAACAAGGAAACUGGAGCUCUGGCAGCUGCCAAGGUGAUCGAGACCAAGAGUGAGGAUGAGCUGGAGGAUUACAUGGUGGAGAUUGAGAUCCUGGCCACCUGUGACCACCCCCACAUUGUCAAACUGCUGGGAGCCUUCUACUGGGAUGGCAAGCUCUGGAUCAUGAUCGAGUUCUGCCCUGGUGGGGCCGUGGAUGCCACGAUGCUGGAGCUGGACAGGGCCCUGACUGAGCCCCAGAUCCAGGUGAUCUGCCGCCAGAUGUUGGAAGCUCUGCACUACCUGCACAGCAAGAGGAUCAUCCACAGGGACCUGAAGGCUGGGAACGUUCUGCUCACCCAGGAUGGGGACAUCAAGCUGGCUGACUUUGGGGUGUCUGCCAAGAACAUGAAAACCUUGCAGAAGCGAGAUUCCUUCAUUGGGACCCCUUACUGGAUGGCCCCGGAGGUGGUGAUGUGUGAGACCAUGAAGGACACUCCCUACGACUACAAGGCUGACAUCUGGUCCCUGGGCAUCACCCUGAUCGAGAUGGCCCAGAUUGAGCCACCCCACCACGAGCUGAACCCCAUGAGGGUCCUGCUGAAGAUUGCCAAGUCAGAGCCACCCACACUCAGCUGUCCUUCUAAAUGGUCCCCGGAGUUCCGAGAUUUCCUGAAGAAGGCGCUGGACAAGAGCCCGGAGAGCCGGCCCAGCGCUGCCCAGCUGCUGCAGCACCCCUUUGUCAGCAGGGCCAGCAGCAACAGGGCCCUGCGGGAGCUGGUGGCCGAGGCCAAGGCCGAGGUGAUGGAGGAGAUCGAGGAGAGCCGGGAGGAGGCAGAGGAGGAUCCCGGGCCUGCCUCGCCCCCUGGGAAGCACAAGAGGGACCCCUCCGAGGCGAGCCAGCUGAGCUUUGAUGGCGAGAAACCUCCAGACUCCUCCUUGCCCAAGGCUGUGAACGGCUCCCUGGGGACUGGCAAGGACACCACAGGUGGCCAGAGCCACAGAGAGACCUGCAGUGACAAACUGGAGAGCAAGCACUCCACAAAACCCACCCAGGACAAGCCAGACAUCAUCCUGCAGCCAGGACAUUUGGGGAACUCAACGGAGGGGAACAAGGAGCUGGGCAGGGAGGAGAGGAAGAGCAUGGAGGAGAGGAAGAGCAUGGAGGAGAGGAAGAACAUGGAGGAGAGGAAUAACAUGGAGGAGAAGAAGAGCAUGGAGGAGAAGAAGAGCAUGGAGGAGAAGAAGAGCAUGGAGGAGAAAAAGAGCAUGGAGGAGAGGAAGAGCAUGGAGGAGAGGAAGAGCAUGGUGGAGAUGAAGAGCAUGGAGGACAGGAAGAGCAUGGUGGACAGGAAGAGCAUAGUAGAACGACCAGAAAGUGUUCUCCUGGAGAAUCUGAGUGAGGAGAAGCUGCCUAAUGGAACCCUGGAGCCCCUGGGACCCUUCCCUGGCCACUCCAAGAGGGACUCAGAUUCUGGCAGCACUUCAGCCUCUGAGAGCCUGGACCUGAGCAUCUCCCUGUCUGCUGACCUGUCCCUCAACAGGGAGAGCGGCUCCAUGUCCCUCAAGGACUCCCAGGUGCACAAGAAGACCCUGAAGCGCACCCGCAAGUUCGUGGUGGACGGCGUGGAGGUGAGCGUCACCACCUCCAAGAUCAUCAGCGAGGACGAGAAGAAGGAUGAGGAAAUGAGGUUCCUCAGGCGCCAGGAGCUGCGGGAGCUGCGGCUGCUGCAGAAGGAGGAGCACAGGAACCAGGCCCAGCUGAACAGCAAGCACCAGCUGCAGCUGGAGCAGAUGCUGCGGCGCUUCGAGCAGGAGAUGAUGGCCAAGAAGAAGUUCUACGAGGCGGAGCUGGAGAGCCUGGAGCGGGGUCAGAAGCAGCAGAUCGAGCGGCUGGAGCAGGAGCACGCCCUGCGCCGGCGGCAGGAGGCCAAGCGCAUCCAGCUGGAGCAGGAGCGCCAGCACGGCCGCUUCCUGGAGCAGCUCCGCCACAUGAAGAGGGAGGUCAAGAACGAGGUGGAGAAGCUGCCACGGCAACAGCGCAAAGGGAACCUGAAGACGAAGAUGGACGACUUCACCCAGAAAAAACAAGCCAUGGAGCAGGAAUUUUUGGCCAAGCAGAAGGAGGACCUGGAGCAGGCCAUGAAGAACAUCACUGCCCAGAACAAAAGGGAGAUCUGUGACAAGGAGCGUGAGUGCCUCAACAAGAAGCAGCAGCUGAUGAGAGACAGGGAAGCUUGCAUCUGGGAUCUGGAAGAGCGGCAGCAGCAGGAGAAACACCAGCUCAUCAAGCAGCAGCUGAAGGACCAGUAUUUCCUCCAGAGGCACGAGCUGCUCAGGAAGCAUGAGAAGGAGAGGGAGCAGAUGCAGCGCUACAACCAGCGCAUGCUGGAGCAGCUGCGGGCGCGGCAGCAGCAGGAGCGGGCGCGGCUGCCCAAGAUCCAGCGCAGCGAGGGCAAGACGCGCAUGGCCAUGUACAAGAAGAGCCUGCACAUCCACUGCAGCGGCAGCGCCGCCGAGCACCGCGACAAGGUCAAACAGUUUGCUCUGCAGGAGGAGAAGAGGCAGAAGGCGGAGCGGCUGCAGCAGCAGCAGAAGCACGAGUCGCAGAUGAAGGACAUGCAGGCGCAGUGUGAGAGCAACACCAGCGAGCUCCAGCACCUCCAGAAUGAGAAGUGUCACCUCCUGAUUGAGCACGAAACCCAGAAGCUGAAGUCCCUGGAUGAGAACCACAACCAGCACAUGAAGGAGUGGCGAGACAAGCUGAGACCACGGAAGAAGGCCCUGGAGGACGAGCUGAACCAGAAGAAGCGUGAGCAGGAGAUGUUCUUCAAGCUGAGCGAGGAGGCCGAUGGACAGGUGCCAGUGUCCCCAACCAAGCACGCCAAGUUCAUCCCCUUCAGCUCCUCAGAGAGCUUGUAACACCUGCCAGGCUGCUACUGGCCAUUCCUCCUGGGCUGCAGGGGCCAACUUGGACUUGGAAGAGCCUCUCAGCAGCCCCUUGUCACCCUCCUGUCCUGUCCCCUGCGGGACCUCUGAGCUGAGGGGUGCUGCCUGAGCUUGGGGUGGCUUUCCCAGGAGCCCAGGCUGGGAACUGGGGCAGGACCCUCUCUGGAUUGUACUUGCACUGUUGGCUGGGGCUCCCUGGGCGAGCCUGGUGCUCUCUGGGUUUGUCAGCUCGGGCUGGAGCAGCGAGCACUCCCAGCAGGAGCAGCAGCUCCUCAGGGCAGGGCUGUCACCUCCCUGUGCACCCUGUCCCAGCCCUUUGGGAGGUGUGGCUGCUCCUGUCCCAGCCCUUUGGAAGGACUGGCCUGGGGCACAGCAGCUUUGGCAUUGUUUCAAACUCACCGUGGCCUUAGACUUAUUCCUCUCCACUGUGGUGCUUUUUUGCCACAGAGAGACAGAGAUUUGGGUUUUUUCUGUCCUGCUCCCCACACAGACUGUGCAGAAAGGGGCUGGAUGUCCUCCCAGAGAUGUUUCUGCUCUCCCUCUGCUGUGAGCCCUGGCACCUCAGCCCCUCUGGCACUGAGCUAGCACUGGUACCAGAGGCUGGCUUUGGGCUGGCUGCAGGGUUUGGGUCUGGGGGAGGCUGCAGGGACACAGUGAAGUGUCUGCCACUGUCAUGUGCCCUUGGGAUGAGUGGGGGUGAAGAUCUAUCAUGAUCUCACAAGUGUUUGAGGCUGGAUUUGAAAUCCUUUCUGUGAGGGGCCACGAGGCUCAGGCAGUGGGCAGUGGCUGCAGAGCAUCCUUUGGGAGGGGCAGUGGAACGAGGCAGGAGGAGAUGCACAGGGGGCUCUUUGCUCCCAGCUGCUCCUCGCCCACUCGUGUCUCACCUCCUCGUGGUGUGCCACAGCUUUUUGGGUGGCUCUGCUGGCUGGGAGGCGUGGGCAGAGCAGGUCCUCUGUCCUUUCUGUCCCUCCCCUUGGGUGGGACUGGAGCACAGAGCUGGGGAGGGCUCAGGGACCUCCCUGGCAGCACCUUCUUCUUUACACAACCCAAAGAUGUAAGGCAGCACUUAACUAAGUUUUUCUCUGGAAAACAUUGUUUGUUUUAGACCAGUUUCUUUAGCAAGAAAAAAAUAUUUCUGCUUAAAAAAAAACCAGAAAAAAAGCUGUUAUUUUCAAGUCCCCUCUGUUGAUUUACUGGCAUUUCAGGGGAAGGUGGUAUUGAUGUGCCUCACUUCUAGGUACUGGGCUGAAGGAAGCAGCCCCCAGGUCUUUAACUCUGUCUGGGGAGUGCAUUUCCUACCCUUUUAGAGCUCCUAAUCCAUAUUUAUAAGCUUCCUGCAAGCUAGCAAGAUUCUGUCUCUUUGGGCCAUUGCAGUUACCUCUGAUUUCCCAGCAGUGAUGUCUCUGUUAAUCAGCACAGGAAGGGCUCCUGCCCCUCUCCAAAAGCAGAUUGUGCCUUUCAGCCGUGCUGACACCAGCUGGGAGCUGAUGGAAGGUAAUCAAUGCAAAGGGAUGUUCCCAAAAGGGCCAAGGGGCAGAUUGGAGCCCUGGAAUCAGGCUGGGAAUGUGUCACAGCAGCCCCAGUGGUUCUGGUUCUGCUGCUGGGGUCAGGCUGGGGCUGUGCUGUGCCACAGGAGUCAGAGCAGUGCCACUGUCACAGCACUGUCACCUCCCCCAGCCCGGGGGCACCACCCCUCCCUGCACAUUCACAAACCAUUCCUGGGGCUCCCAGAGCUGCUGCAGUGCCCUGUGGUAAAUCAGUUAUCCCUUCCUCAGCCCAGCUGCAUUUGAGGCACCACAGCCCUGCUAACGAGGUAGGAAUGGCUCUGCCCACUCAUUUUUGUGUUCUGUGUUCUCUCCUGGGUGUGCCAGGCCCUGUACCUGUCCCUCACCUAGAAGGGGGGCACAUCAUCUGACUGUCAUGUUUACAGCCUGGUUAUCAAUUUCCCUCCUUUCAAAACAGGAAUUUUUUUUCUCUGUUCAGAAGGAACCACGAUUAAACCCAGCUUGCUUUUCAGGGGGGGAAGGGACACGAUUUUUAAAAAUGUGGCUUCGAAUAAAAAGGGUUUUUUUAAUAUUUUGUAAAAUAUCCUCAGUGGGGCCACCAGCAUGAUGCAAAAACCUCUCUAAUAAAGUAACAAAGUGAGAAA